CAGCUGCCAGAGCAGCGGACGCGGUGCCUGUGCCUAAAACCGGCUCCGGGGCGCUGCAGCUUGGCAGGCGCCUGUCCCGAGAGCGGCGGCCCGCGGAGACGCUCGCCCCUAACCUCGGCUCCCCGGCCGCGCGCUAGGGCCGGGCUAGAAGGGAGCAGCCGGGCUGCACGAGGCUGGGGGCCCGUGGGCGCGGCCGCGCGCCGCCGGGCGGGAGGCUGGGGGGCCGGGGCCGGGGCCGUGCCCCGGAGCGGGUCGGAGGCCGGGGCCGGGCUCGCGGGGCGGCUUCUCCCCGGGCAGCUCCCGGCGCGCCCCCGGUUCCCCGGCAGGGUCCCGGAGGGGCCAUGGCAGCCGGGAGCAUCACCACGCUGCCAGCCCUGCCGGAGGAUGGAGGCAGCGGCGCCUUCCCGCCCGGCCACUUCAAGGACCCCAAGCGGCUGUACUGCAAAAACGGGGGUUUCUUCCUGCGUAUCCACCCCGACGGCCGCGUGGACGGGGUCCGGGAGAAGAGCGACCCACACAUCAAAUUACAACUUCAAGCAGAAGAGAGAGGAGUUGUAUCCAUCAAAGGUGUGUGUGCAAACCGUUACCUUGCUAUGAAGGAAGAUGGAAGACUGCUGGCUUCUAAAUGUGUUACAGACGAGUGCUUCUUUUUUGAACGACUGGAGUCUAAUAACUACAAUACUUACCGGUCAAGGAAAUAUUCCAGCUGGUAUGUGGCACUGAAACGAACUGGGCAGUAUAAACUUGGAUCCAAAACAGGACCUGGGCAGAAGGCUAUACUUUUUCUUCCAAUGUCUGCUAAGAGCUGAUUUUAAUGGCACCAUCUAAUCUCAUUUCACAUGAAGAAAGAGAAACAUAUAUUUGUUAAUGAGAGGAAAACAAAUGUCUACAGCUCAGCUUUGUUGAAUGGCCAGGCAACUUUUUAUCUAAUAAUAAAAUGUUUAACCAUUGCCUCAGUAAAGAAAACAAUUCCUAGAGAAUGUAUAGACUUCCACCUUUUAUAUAGAAUCUGCUGUUACCCAGUCAAGGUUACCUAGAACUAUAAUCUUUCUCACAUAUUUGCUUUAUUUGAAAAGCUUUUAAAAUAUGCACAUUUACAAAUUUUCUUAAUGGAAAUCAUAUAUUAGAAAAUUAGUCAUAUUUAUCCCAAAGGUUCAUUAUGUCUUAUAGCACAUAUUCAUUUACAUGUACAUCUUAAAUUUUAAAAAAAUGUAAAAUGUGAACUUAAUCCAUUCCUAUCAUAGUUUUGUAAUUCUCUGGCAGUUCUUUGUGAUACAGUUUAUAGAAAAGGCCUGUGUAAACUGCUGGAAGCUUUUCCAUGGUCAGAUCAAUCUUGUCAAACCCUUCUCUGUACCCAUAUAGCAGCAGUCCCGCAACUCUGCGGGUGAUGGGAGUUGUGUUUUCAGUCUUAACAAGCUCAGUGAGAUCCAUCCACUCACAUCUUAAGCAUUCAUGCUGGCAAAAAUUUAUGGUGAAUGAAAAUGGCUUCAGGCGGCAGACAAUAUACAUAUCAGACUUCCCAAAGGCUCCCGGACUGGUGUGCUGCUGCCGGAUACUCAAGAGGGACUGGAAUUCUGAUUCUAUCCCAGUCUCUUCAAAAACUUCUCGAACUGCUGUGUCUCCUACACGGAAGACAGAUGUACAAAUCACUAAGGAUCACAUUUUCAGAAACGUCAUCAUCAAAGAUUUCCAGUGAAAAGAGCAUUAUCUAAAGUUUCCAAAGCAAACGGAACUGCAAGAAAGUUUUCAACACGAACUGCCUGCCUUCUGAAUGUACUGAAAUGGUAUUUUCUCACCACUGUACAUUUCAGAAGCUUUUGAAGUACUGAAUAUUCCUUUUGGCUACUACUUGGAGGCUUAUUCAACCUGUACGUUUGUGGGGUCAGAUCUUUUUAAACUCUCUUGUUCUGUUUUCCAAAAGGUAAAAGCAUAGGUUACUAAAGUUAAAAUGUAUGUUGUAAAGCUGUAUGAAUACUCACAUUCCUUUAUAGUUCUUGAUCAUUAUUCUUUAUCAUCCAUUAAAACUGCCUCAAUUGGUACAUACCAGCUUUGCGAAAAAGUGAUCUAUUCCUCCUGGUACAUGGAGUGCUUCAAAAGUUUGUGGAAAAUGGAGUUAAGAUGUUUAUUUUGGUGUAAAAAAUUUUAAAAUCCAUGCCAAAGUUAAUGGGGGCUGUUUGGCAUUGCAGUUAAGAUGCUUCUUUGGAGACCUGAAUCCCAUAUAGGAAUGCCUGUGUCUGAGUCAGCUCUGCUUCCUAUUCCAGCUUCCUGCUAAUGCAGACCUUGGGAGGCAGCAUGUGAGACCUGCCACCCAUGUGGGAGACCCAGACCAUGUUCUCGGCUCCUGCAUUUGGCCCAGUCCAGCUUAGACUUGAGGCAUUUGGGGAGUGAAACAGCAGAUGAGUGCUCUGUCUGUUCUGUCUUGUAGAUAAACAAGUUUUUAAAAAAUUUAUAAAAGCAGUUGUCUUCCUUAAAUUAAUGGAACAUAUAUGUUAUGAAAAAAACUAUGCAUGGAUUUCAAAAAGAUUUUGAAUCUAAACAACUUAUCUACCAUUUUCCACGUCCUUUUUGGGAGUCCCUUCAGAAGUCUGUAGAGCUGUAGCAUCUACCAAACUAGGGGAUUCUAACCUCUUCUGGUGAGCUCAGGUGGGCUGCACAGCCUCCAGGCCAGAAAGGAGAUUCCUAUACAACUUUCUGUGUGCACCUCUAGUUGUUCCUCUGUCCCCAUCACAGAUGAGUUUGAGAUUUCCCUUGUUUCCUCUGAGAAGAUUCCAAUAACCUGGAUACAUUCCUUCAACACCAAAAUGCUGCUGUCAUUUCAUCCAUAAUUUUCAAAACUGGGAAUAUAUAGAAUUUUUAUAAUACAACAUUUUCAUAUUUUAUAAGGUUGUCUUUUCACUUAAGUGCAAAUUUCUGUGGCAAGACUUUUAUUGCCAUCAGUAUAUUUUUGUGGUUGCUUUUUCUACACAUCCACAUGGACUCCUCUAACUGGACUUUUCAUAAAUUUUCUGAGACUCUGCCAUUGUCUCCCAAAGUGUUUCCAGGAAGCCUUUAACAAAGCUGCCUUCUCUGACCACUUUGCUGGGGAGACUUCACCAUUGCUAUAGAGGUUGCUGUUGUUAGUAUUCUUUAAUGCCUCCAUUGUUUGAAUUUGCCAAGUACUACUAAACGGUAUUUGCCUUCUCAGCAGUCCUACUGGUGAAGAACAGACAAGUAAGAGGAAGUCAGAAAAAUGUCUCAGUUCCUGUGUGCUUUGACUACAGACUUUUGUACCAGUCCCCCUGGAUAUGCUCUUGUUUUGUGUUUAGGAAACAGUUUUGAAAAGAUGGAGAGGAAGAGCAAAGUGUUCUAAACAGAAGGCAUUUGUCUACCAUUUUUAAACUGAAAGUAUAAAAGACAUUUAGGUUUCAGAGAAAACUUUCCUUAAUAAGAAUUAUUUUUAUGCCAAGUCAAUACCUGUUUGAUCUUAAAUGAGUGUUCCUAAAUAUUCUAUAAUGUUGUUUAAAUGUUUAUUUUUGUUCUUCAAGACAACUCCACACCCUCAGUCAUUUUUGUUUUGCCCAUAGUACCACUAAUCAAGAGCUGAGCAUUCAGUUUAUCAGUCUUGGCUGUUUGUACGUCCUUGAAGCACAGGAUGGGGCCUGUGAGCUCAUCUGCUCUGCUCAGCAGCCUCCAACUCUGAGAGAAGAUUGAAAACCCACACUUCGUGGGGAGUUUUGAUCUGUUUAACUUGAAUAUUACUGACUGGAGUUGAAUGGAGAAACAAGAUAGAGGAUCGCUUCUAUCUCAAGAAGGAAGAAAUCUCUUUCCCAAGGAUUUCAAUAUAAAUUUAUCUUGAUUUUUAACUGCUUUUUUCUGUUCUAUCUUAAAAUUUUAAUAUACUAUAAGCUAAACUUAGAUAAUAUUCACUGUUUUAUAGGUUUGAAGAAUAUAGAAAAAUUAGAGGAUUUUGCUAAUGAAAGGGUGUGUUAAAAUAGGGUACACUGUUUUGCUACAGAAUUAUAAAUGGAGUUUAUAUUUGCUAUUUCUAUUUUGUAAUAUUUAAUGAUGGGAUUAGGCUGAAAGAAAACAAUGGGAAACAUUUUGCAGAAUGUGGGUUUUCCUAGUGUUUCCUCAUGUGCUGAUGAGCUCUGCUUGGACUCGGCUGCCUUGUGGAUCUUUGGCUGAGGCACGCCACUCUUCCCGUCAGUAGUAAUGAGAUUUUUUUUUUAAAGGAACCUUGUAGAUAAUCUUUAAGAGUACUGUUUUAUAUUAAAGCCUUGAGGAUUACAUUCACUUUUGUGUGCGACACUCAUUUUUUAAACACUACAGAUAAUGUUUCAUUUACCAGGACUUCAGAGCCAAGAUCCAUUAUAAAUGUUUAACUGUGUGUGAUGACAGCUGUCCUCAAGUAUAUUAUAUGCUUUCCUAAAUAUACCAGGUAUAAAGAAAAUUAUUUAAAUAAUGUUUGAGUGAUUUGACUAUCAUUAAGCAUUUCUAUUAUUUUGUACUGUGUUAUAAUACAGAAGUCUCCAGCUAUCAACAUAGUCUUUUAGACUUGUAGCAAUUACCACUUCUAACCGCUUUCAGGGUUUUAUCAAUUCUAAGGCAAAUACUUUAUCUGUACUCCAUGUAGGAAAUACAAUGAAUGCCAAGUGCUCUGCUUUCCUUAACUCCUCAUGACUGGGGCAUGUAUAUAGGUGAGUUCCUGUGACAGCCACAAAAACUUGACAAAAGUAUGAUGUCUUUAAUUAUCUAGAGUUAAGUAUAUACUUCAGAACAUUUCUUAAAUCUAAAAUUAUGCAUAUUUGGCUUGGUAAUGUGUUCAUUUAUGCCUAGCUGUAAGUAUAUCUGAAAUUCAUUAAAAAAAAAAUCUGGCAUGACUUGGGAGAAGCAACUACACAAACCCUUUGUGCACUGCUGUUUGCCCAAUAUGGAUUGGGUAAGAAUGCCAAACCUAAGCUUAACUAGUUCCCAUGUGCUUGCAAGUCACUGAUGGUCAGUGUGAGAUAAUUAGGGGCUGUGGGAUCUAGGCAAAAGGACAGUAAUUAUAGAUUGUUAGGAGUUGGUGAUGUAACAUGUAGAGGGUAUUUUACAUGUGGAUAAUUUAAGAAAAUUAAGUUUAACAUAUAUACAUUUUAAGGUAAAAUAUUGAAAGAUAAUUUAGGAAACUGCCUUAACUUAGUUGUGGUCUAAAGACAAGGAGGUACAUGCAUUUUGAGGGAAAGGUCAUGGAGACAUAAAAUAUGUAUUGAUUAAUUAGGAUGGAGAUCAAAUUUGACCCAGUGGUUUAAGGAAUAGUAAGAAAAUUCAGCUUCUCUUCUCCCAUUUGCUGUAAUUCGGAGAUGUAAAGAACUCUGAAAGCUUACUCACAUUUCCUUGUCUUAAUUGUUGAGAACACUAAGUUGUUUUAGGGGUUAUUUCUCAUUUGAGACUUUUUCAUAUUUUUCAUAUAUUUAAUUUUUGGCUUCCUGACUUCAAAAUAAUUAGAUAAAAAAAUUUUAAGAGCAGAAUUAUGUCAUCAUUAUAACUGACUUUAUUAUUUCAAAGUUCAUUUAAAAUAAUAAUUAUCCUGUGAUGGAACAGUUAGGGAUUUGUGUUUUCUCAUAGUUUUAAUUGUAAUCAUAAAUAAUUGUUAAUGCUAAACUUUACUAAUUAAUAUCCAAGGAUUCUCUUUUUCUUACAAAUUAAUCUAGAAGCAGACCUAAACAGAAGGGGAGGGUAAUGCUCCUAAUGGCAUUAUUUAUGCUAAUGGAAUAAGUUGUAAUGUUAAAGUUUUGCUACUAAUCUUCCAGAAAUUUUCUUAGUCUGAACCAAUUAGAAAGUUUAAAAUCUUAACUAUAAAGCAGAAAAUAAAUGCAUGUAUUUCUUCAACAUUUUCAAGCUACUAAAAAAUAUGUAAGAUACACACCGAUGUCUUCUCCAGGCUCUGACAGGCCCCCAGGAAACUUCCACAUAUUUUUUAACUGCAGUAGAAAAUCAGAAAAUAAGAUUAACACAGCAUUAUACACACACAGAGAUUCCACAAAACCCACCCCAUAAUUGGUGACGGCAUUAGAGAAUUUCUUUGUUGGUAAUUGCAUGCAAUUUUUUUGCCAGUUUCCUUCCCUCAUCUUUCCUUCUUUUUCGGGGGAAACUGGUAACUGAUGAAAUCUUUUCCCACCUUUUUCUUGUGGAAGUAGUUCUGUUUCAUUAAUGUGAUAAAAUCUGUAUAAAUGAAACUUUGGAAAGAAAUAUCUACUGAAUUUGUGUAAUUAAAAGUAUUCGCUGCUAGUUAAUUAUGAACAAAUAGAAUCUUACAGAUGCUGCUAUAAAGAAGUAGAAAAUACAGUAUAAAUGUAAUCACUAAAGUAAUGCUAUUUUAAACUUUCACAUCUAUUUUCUGUAUUGUUUCUAACCAUAUAUAAUACCCAAGAUUUCUGUUAUAUGUAUUAAUGAUUUUAUGUAAAAUGUAAUUGCUUUUCAAGGUUAGUGUGAAUAAAAAUGAUUACUUUGUA